AUGGAUAAAAAAUGGAGGAGGUUGCGGUGGACGAGAGAUGGGUGCCCAACAACCCGAGUCCGAUGGCACGUGGCUGCCAUAUGUGAACAGGCCGGUCGAGUCGGCCGCCGGCCCUUGGUCGCGCUCCUGCAUGUUGCCGGAGAACGGAACAGAGGCCGGCUCGUCGUCCUCAGCCGGGAGCCGGUGGAAGGUCGGGUUUGUGAAUGCCGCCACCACCAGCGCUACUGUCUCCGCGGACACCAGCGGCCCGGCCACCGUUCCACCCACCACGAGUCCCUGCGGCCCCGCCAGAGAGAUCGAGAUGCUAUCGCCCCCGGCGGCGGACGACAGCUUGGCCAUGGCUGGCGGGAGGAAGGUGGCCGAGACGGAGAGGAUCUCGAAGCGGCCUCGCAAAGUGAUCAUGGCCGGUGCGGCGGCCAUGCCUCCGUGGGGCUGACGGAGGGAGACGUUGGCGACGGCGCCGGUGCCGGAGAGAACGCAGAAGCCGAGGUUACGACGGCGGGAGAACACGGCCAGCGAGUCGGCGAUGUCGUGGCCGGGGGAGAUCUCGAGCAAGUGCGGGCGCAUGGCGGCGGAGGGCUCGGCUUCGCGCGUGAUGACGACGGGCAGCUUGGGCUUGUUCUUGGACCCCGGGGGCCGUCCCCGCGGCCGCUUCGCCGCCUCAAUAGUCGACUCACCUCCUACCCUCCCUUUGGGCUCCACGUCGGGAUUCGGUCUCUUCGCCUCGCCGCUGCUCCGGCUGCUGUCCACGUCUUCGCAGGGACUCCCCUGUACUUGUUGCUGUUGGAGAUAAUGGUGCUGAAGGGAUCUGUCCUUCAUGCCGCGAGCAAACUGCAGAAGUUGUUGAGACUUAGAACGUAUAGAACAGAGUACUGCUCAGUUGAGGGAAAGGCUAUGAGGCUGGAGCAAAAGAAGGCCGAGUUAAAUGGGCACUCGCAGAGCGUUGGGGAAGAAGAAGAUAGAAAGAGAAAGCGAAAGAGAAAGAGAGGAAUCGCACAUGACAGCUUCCAGGAGGAGAGGGAUAAAGAUGACCCUGGACUCUCUGGAGUGAGAGGGAGAAAGAGCGGUUUAAUCAAUGAACUCCUCGCUCACCUUAAUUUAAUGAAAGCUCUUCUUCUUCCACUGUGCACGACAAAAAAGAUAAAGAUGACCCAAUAUUGCUUGACUCGCGCUUUGUUUACAUGGGCAGAGAGCAAGUUCCGCAAUACACAAAUGCAAGGUGGGAGAGGCCUUUAGUUACUCCAAUCUAGUGAAAGAUUCCUUUCGUGCAUGACCAUUCAUCUGGCUUUGAUUUAGUAUUUGAAA